ACCACAACAACAGUUGCAUUAGCCCCACGCUCACAGCACGUUCACACCUGUUACUCUCCUUCCUGUGUCGGUUCUGUACCUGUCCGUCCUUUAGUCAUGUCCGGGAAGGCCAAAGACCUCCUGAAGAUGGACCUGUAUGGUUUACUCGGAAUUGACAUCACCGCUACUACGAAAGAGAUCAAGAAAGCUUAUCGACAGAAAGCCCUUACAUGCCAUCCAGACAAGAACCCAGACAACCCAAAAGCAGCUGAUCUCUUCCACCAGUUGUCUCAGGCCCUCGAGGUGCUAACUGAUGCUCCUGCCAAGGCUGCCUAUGACAAGAUCUGCGCUGCCAAGAAACAAGCAGAAGAAAGAAACAACAAACUAGAUGAUAAGAGAAAGAAAAUGAAGCUUGACUUGGAGGCCAGAGAGCGAAAGGCAGAAGCUCAGACCGAGUCGGUGCAAAUCACGAGAACACUAGAAGAAGAGAUCGCCCGUUUAAGGGAGGAGGGAUCCAGACUGCUUGUGGAGGAACAGAGGCGCGUCAGAGAGCGGAUCCAGAGGGAGAAGGAAGCUCAGCAAACGGGAGAAUACCCUCAGAGAAACCCAGGAGUGCAGAGAUGUUCCAUGAGCAGUGUGACGCCCAAAUUGAAGUUGAAGUGGAAGUGCAAAAAAGACGACGAGACAAAUGGAGGCUACUCUCAAGAAGUUCUUAUGAGACUUCUACAUAAGUAUGGAGAUGUUUUGAACGUGAUUCUUUCGAGUAAGAAGAAGGGAAGCGCUCUGGUCGAGUUUGCAACAACAAGAGCAGCCGAGAUGGCUGUGAAAUAUGAAAGUGGCCUGAAUGAAAACCCCUUGAAGAUUUCGUGGCUUGAAGGACAGCCUGAGGUUAUUGUUCCAGUAUCUCAACCUGGAAACUUCAUGUCAACACAGGGCGCCCUGACAAAUGAGCGCGACUACGAGAGUGUGGUGAUGAUGAGGAUGAGGCAGGCCGCGGAGCGACAGAAACUCAUCGCACAAAUGCAAAGAGAGGAUGACGAUGACGAGGGUGUCCGGUCGUAGCACAGCACGACCCAGCCGGGGACCAGCCUGAAUUAAAUGAACUAUUUCAUGAAGCUGCUCCAUGUGUUCUGUUAUUAGUUUUUGUAUGUAUACACUGUGGUAAAAUAAAUAUGUUUUAAUUACUAAAAAGAAA